GCUUGGUGAGCUUAUAUGGCGGCGCCAAGCAGCGUAUUUGAAAUUCAUAAGAAUUCCACCAGAUCACAUCACAUUGUAAUUUGAGUUUUGUUUUUCUCUUGCAAUCUUUAUUCUUGCAUUUUUGGACUCUAUCAAGUCAGCCUACCAAAUUGCCCACGAGGCUCUCUCUCCUUUUGCCCACUAUUAUAAAAUCCGUCGGCCAUCAUCACCUAUCACCGCCAUCCCUCCACACUCAGCCUCGCCCGCUAACUUUACAGUCAGUACAGGAUCCUCCCCGCGCCACCACCAAAAACCGCCUUUUAACCUGCCCCAGCAUAGCCUGCCAGACCUCUGCGUCACAUUUCUUUCUUUCAGCCACAGCCUUUCCUUCUUCCUUCUUCCACUUCGUCUUUUCAUAUCAGGAUAGAUGUGUUUUGGAAGCAGCAAAGAUCACUCUGAGCAAGAUCCUGCACCGAGACCAGCAGCCAACCAGCUACGCCCAUCGUCAACAGCACCAGCAGUCAUGAACUACGGCAAAUCCGACUACGCACCUCCGCCUGGGCCUCCUCCUGGCCGCCAGUCUCAUGGAGACUAUGCUCCUCCUCCAGGCCCGCCUCCAGGUCGACAGGAACAAUAUGCUCCCCCAUCGGGGCCCCCUCCAGGACACGCUUCGCAGACCGACUAUGCUCCUCCUCCCGGGCCACCACCGUCUCACGACUGGGCCAAGCCGCCUUCUGAUUCGCAGCCCACGGCUUCCUCCAAGCAUGACUGGGAAGUAGCUGUGCCUGAUACUUCGCUGUUCCCACCACCCCCACCUCUCUUCAACGGCCACUAUUUGUCGCCGACGAGCAAUGCCGACGAAGCGCAGGCUCAAGCCGGUGUGAAGUGGUGCGACGAGAACCCGCUCUCGCAGCCCAUCACGCUGGACCAGGCCGGUCUGAAUGCGCUCUCCUCAUACAAUGUACGCCUCAUGGAGCCUGCCGGGUUUAAUGGCAAGCUUAACUGGCUUGGCCCGGGUGUCUGGGAGGCAUCUACUGCCAAGGGCACCCCGGACCGCUGCAUCAUUAGCUACCCGCCGCUGUAUAGUGUGAACCAGCACGACCCGACAAAGUUUGGCCGCCCCAGGACUAUCUACUAUGAGUUCCGUCUGCGCCCGGACAGCCGAACGAAUAACCUUGCAGUGGGAUUCACGGCGCUGCCGUACCCGUCGUUCCGCAUGCCGGGCUGGCACCGUGGCAGCUUGGCUGUGCAUGGUGACGAUGGCCACAAGUAUAUCAAUGAUUUGUGGGGUGGUAAGGACUUUACACAGAGCUUCAACAAGGGCGAGGUGUAUGGUAUUGGUAUGACGCUGUCGCCUACGGGGACACAUAAGCCGCAUGUGCGCAUCUUCUUUACGAGGAGCGGUGCCAUGGUGGGCGGAUGGGAUCUUGAUGAAGAGAGGGAUGCGGAACAGGACAGGCCCGUGACGGGUCUUGAGGGAUUCCAUGAUCUGUGCUGUGCUAUUGGAACGUAUGAUGGCGUCAGCUUUGAGGUGUACUUUGAGCCGAGCCGAUGGCUGUUUAGGCCAGAGGGCAUCUAAAUCAAGUGGGGAUGAUGGUGAUGGACUUGGGCUAAGCACACCAUGUAGGAUGCAGGUUAAUGUAGCUUGUUCUGUAAUGAAACCAGAAGUUGUCUUUUUUUCUUUUGUCAAUAUAAAAUCCAAUUCAAUCCCUAUU